AUGGAGGAGUACUUAGUACGAAUUAUGCGUUUGCUGCAGACGUGCUUCACUAGUCACAACGGCACUACCACACUGAACGCUCUUAACGGCACGUUCAAGCUUCCCGUCGAGGACGGCAAGACGUACAUGCUCCGCCUCAUCAACGCGGUGUUCACCUACGAGUCCUUCAGCGUCGCUGGGCACAGCCUCACCGUGGUCGGCACCGACGGCUCCUAUGUGAAGCCGUUCUCCGUGGACUACAUCUUCAUCGCGCCGGGGCAGACGGUGACCGCUCUGCUCACGGCCGACCGCGCCUCGCGUGGGCUGCGGAACGCCCGGUACUACAUGGCCGCGCGGCCGCUGUUGCCGAACAACCCGUUCGUCAUCUUCAACAACAGCACCUCCACUGCCGUGCUGGAGUACGCCGACGACGCGGCGGCACUACCCUCCGGUGGGGCGGCACCGGACCCGGAGUUCCCCGUCCUGCCGGCCAUCAACGACAGCGCGGCGGCGGACGCGUACACGUCGCGCCUACGGUCGCUCGCCAGCGAGGAGCACCCGGUGAACGUGCCUCGCCACGUCCAGGAGCACAUGCUCGUCACCCUCGCGGUGAACGUGAUCGCGUGCUCGCCCGACGAGCACUGCCAGGGACCCCGUGGCAACCGCAUGGGCGCGAGCCUGAACAACGUCAGCUUCGAGGCGCCGCGGCACGCGAACAUCCUCGACGCGUACUACCACAAGGUCCGUGGCGUGCACACGACCGACUUCCCCAGCAACCCGCCGCUGCUGUUCAACUUCACGGGCGACGUCCCUCCGGAGCUCUGGCUCACGAAGCGCGGCACGAAGGUGAAGGUGCUGGAGUACGGCACCACGGUGGAGGUGGUGCUGCAGAACACGGCGAUCCUCGGCAGCGAUAGCCACCCGAUGCACCUGCACGGGUUCAGCUUCUACGUGGUGGGAACGGGUUCCGGCAACUUCGACAGGCACAGGGACCCCGCCGGCUACAACUUGGUCGACCCGCCGUACCAGAACACGGUCGCUGUGCCCAGUUUCGGGUGGUCUGCGAUCCGUUUCCGUGCCGAAAACCCUGGUGUGUGGUUCAUGCACUGUCACAUUGAACGGCACAUGGCGUGGGGGAUGGACACCGUUUUCAUCGUGAAGGAUGGGAAUGCACCGGAAGCUAAGAUGUUGCCACGGCCUCCGGGGAUGCCUAGGUGUUGA